CAUUAUUCCUCUUUUGGGUUGGCAGGUUUGUUGGUAUCAGCCCCGGUGCAUCCCUAGAUUGUGGUCUUGGGUGUGUGUUUAUUUUAUUUUUUUUAUUUUUUAUUUUCCCCAAUAUGUGCAACAUACACUCGCUGAGCACUUUAUUAGGAACACCUGUACACCUAAUCAUCUGUGCAAUUAUUUAAUCAGCCACUCAUGUGGCAGCAGUGUACUGCAUAAAUCAUGCAGAUAUGGGGAGCAGCUUCAGGUAAUGUUCACAGCAACCAUCAGAAUGGGGGGGAUUCUCAGUCCCUGCGUCCGAAAUCGCAUACCGUGACAGUACAUACUGAAUUCGAUGCAGUAUGUACUGCACGGCGGUUGAAACAGUACGUACUAAUCAGUAUGUGUGUGUAGUAUGACUACAGUCCCAGACAUACUACAUCCACCAUCUUAGCAUUGUCCUGUGACUUUCGACGUCUUCACAAACACAAACAUUUUUAACAAGUUAAUAAUUUAUUCAGGUAUUGUUAAAAAAGUCCUGUUUAACCAAGGUUUAAUAUUUAAAAAGAGCCGACGCUGUCUUCCACAACUUAUUAAUUUUUUUUUUUUCUGAGCUCAUCCGCACCAGUCCAUAGUGUCCAUCGGUUACACACGCCAAAAUCUCGCCAGAAGCAGCACGCCAUCCGGGUAUUUCUCACUUAUUGAGAAUUCGGACACACUACCUUUCUGGCGUACUGAUUUUCAACUACUGUGUAGUAGGUCCAAGGCCAACCGCUUAUGGUGCAGGUGAGUGGAGGUCAGCUGAUCACCUCCUCAGGGCAGCCCAUCAUGGUACAGGCCAUGUCUGGAGGCCAGGGCCAGACCAUUAUGCAGGUGCCUGUCUCUGGAGCUCAGGGCUUGCAGCAGAUCCAAUUGGUGCAGCCAGGGCAGAUCCAGCUGCAGGGAGGGCAGACGCUGCAGCUGCAGGGGCAGCAGGGGCAGGCUCAGCAGAUCAUCAUCCAGCAGCCCCAGACCGCUAUUACUGCAGGACAGAACCAGGGCCAGCAGAUUACAGUUCAGGGCCAGCAGGUUGCUCAGACUGCUGAAGGCCAGACCAUCGUGUACCAGCCUGUGAAUGCAGAUGGCACUGUGCUACAACAGGGCAUGAUCACGAUCCCUGCAGGCACACUGUCUGGCACACAGAUCGUUCAGGCAGCAGGGGGUGCCAACACUUCUACCACCAACAGUGGGCAAGGCACAGUCACAGUCACACUGCCAGUGUCCGGCAAUAUGGUUAGCGCUGGAGGGAUGGUCAUGAUGGUGCCUGGUGGAGGAGGCACGGUACCCACCAUCCAACGAAUCCCGCUGCCUGGUGCUGAGAUGCUGGAGGAGGAGCCACUCUAUGUCAAUGCCAAACAGUACCACCGCAUCCUGAAAAGAAGACAAGCCCGUGCUAAACUGGAAGCUGAGGGCAAGAUUCCUAAAGAGAGGAGGAAAUACCUACACGAGUCACGGCACAGGCACGCCAUGCAGAGAAAGCGGGGAGAUGGUGGCCGCUUCUUUUCACCGAAGGAGAAAGAAGAAAUGGCUCUAGCCAUGCAGGUGAGACCACAGGAACAGGCCAGAGUCAAACAGGAGGACUUCCACAGAGUCACCGAAAUCACAAGCUCACACUGGCAAACCGUGCCUCUUGCUUAGCUGCUGUUCUCUGCUCUCAUUGACUGCUGAGUGCUCCUCUUCCCUUGCUUAUGCAUGCAUUGGCAACACUCUGUCCGCAUCCAUCCUUCUUGCUUAGCUGAAGCAUUGCUUUCUCAAACUGUUUUUCACAGGUGCUUUUGUGGUGUUGUUUUUUUAUUUUUAUUUGAUUUUUUUCUGAAAUGCUGCUUCAUCAGCAUUUUAACACCGGACAGUUUCACUGAAAGCCAAAGUUGCUGAGCUAAAGUCGGCAGAGCUUUUUGUACAUACUGGUGAAAUAGGAUACUAGUCAGCUCUGUAGCACCCAAAAGCACAUAGCCCACCAUCAUUCUUUAUGUCUUUGCUUUUAAAUAUAGUGUACAGUUACAGAGUUAUGAUAUUGUUCAAAUGUUCGGGGGGGGGGGGGCUCUGCAAGUACAAAGUUUGCAUUGGUGUUAAACAAAAAUUAAAUAUCCGUUAUGUUAUUUGAAUGUAAAAAUGAAUUUUGCUUAAAGAAUGCUUACUGAGAUGUUUUGUAUUAAAGCAUCUGGGCUCAUGUUACCCUUUUCUAUAAAAGAAACCAUUUCCGUUUAGGAGAACAAUGAGAGACUGUGUUAGCACAGAGAAUGUCACGAUGCAGUGUCUGUAAAAGAAGUUACUUUCCUCCUGUCUGUCUGAUUUAUCAUUUAUCCAUCACAUACUGCAUUCCUGUUUAAUUUUUGUGUUCAUUCUCUGCCUGUAUUAUUAUUUUUUGUUGUUGUAAUCCUUGCACCCUGCUUCUUUGUUGCCAUGUGUUGUGAUUUUAUCCGUUUUUUGAAUAAAUUACUCAGAACAUUAAAAUGUU